AUGGUUCUCUUUGAUUUUAAGUCCGACAAGCACUUCGUUGCUUCCUCGGACAAGACCACUCUCCAAGUCUACGAGUGGAUCAACCUUGAUGUUAAUCCUUCCUCCAUCAGGAAUACUCAUUGGGAGGAAGUCGCCACCAUCACUGCAUGUGAUCGCGAUCAAAGCGACGACGAAGAAGAUGAAGGCGACGAUGACGAUGAAGCUUAUGAGGGGUUGAUGUUCUUCGAUGGUCACGGGAAGAUCGAGGGACGGGAGGCGUUGACCAGGCUAGCCCAACACCUCACCCGGAUGCAACUGAGGGUGAGCCCUCAAGGGUUCUGUUUCCAGGAUGUUACCACGUUGGGGGAACACAAAGCUUUUGGACUUCACUAUCUCCGACUGAACGAUCUCUUCAACUGGUCCUAUCAUGGUAUCAAAACGCCGAGCGUCGCCACAUGGCGACGCCUGGUGUUGGAGUACACCGUACCAAAAAGGGAGAAGCGGCCUGCGGCCUCUGGAGGUGUAAGCAAGGAGAUGUACGAGGAGAUGAAAAAGGCGAUCGGAAAGAAGGACGAAGAGUUGGAGAAGCUGAGGGAGGAGGUGGAGAAGCUGAAGGGCGAGAAGGAGGAAAUGACGAAAGAGAAUGCAGCCGAAACGAAAAAGCUAAGGGACCAACUGUCACAGCUUCCUGAGGAGCUGGAGCAACGUCGUAAUCAAUCAUGGUUACUCACAGCUACAACUAAGUUAAUGCCCCUUCGCCAAUAUAUAGAGAGUGACCAAAUAAAAAUCAGAAGACGGCCGGUGCCACGGGAUACUUGGAGUCUGUCCCUCAAAAGCCAAUGGGGCAGUUUCCGUUAUGGGCCAAGCAACAACAUCUGGCCGUUCGGGCUAGCAGAUAGCCUCUCUUUGGUGGAUGAAGAUCCGAAAGAUUGGCUGCCCCCACCCAAGAUCAACGUGAACAUAUACGAGAGCCAAUUCGACAUAGACAACUGGUGGUUUGUUAAGAUAGCCCACCCAAAUGGCAGCUUGACGAUGAUGGCUUAUUACGACGGCAACAAUAUCAGUGGUGGUGUCCGACCUACCAUGGUUCUCUUUGAUUUCAAGUUCGACAAGCACUUCGUUGCUUCCUCGGACAGAGCCACCCUCCAAGUCUAUGAGUUGACCAACCCUACUGCCAAUCCUUCCUCCAUCCGAAAGAAUCACUGGAAGGAAGUUGCCACCAUCACCGCGCGUGAUCACGAUCAAAGCGACGACGACGAGGUCGAAGUCGAUGAUCACAAAGCACUAGCAGAGGAGGAGGAAUCGUCUUACCACGGGUUGAUGUUCUUCGAUGGUCACGGGGAGAUCGAGGGAUGGGAGGCGUUGACCAAGCUAGCCCAGCACCUCACCCGGUUGCAACUGAGGGUCAGCCCUCAAGGGUUUUGUUUCCAGGAUGUUACCGGGUUGGGCGAACACAAAGCAUUUGGGCUCCACUAUCUCCGACUGAACGAUCUUUUCGACUGGUCGUAUCAUGGUAUCAGAAUGACGAGCAACGCCACGUGGCCGCGGCGCUCGGUGUUGAAGUACCUCAUACCGGGAGGGGAGAAGCGGCCUACGCCCACUGCCGGUGGUGGUGUGAGCAAGGAGAUGUACGAGGAGCUGGAAAAGACGGUCGGAAAGAAGGACGAGGAGUUGGAGAAGUUGAGGGAGGAGGUGGAGAAGCUGAAGGGCGAGAAGGAAGAAAUGAUGAAAGAGAAUGCAUCCGAAACAAAAAAGCUAAGGGAACAACUGUCACAACUUCCUCAGGAGCUGGAGCAACGCCGUAAGCAAUCAUGGUUACUGACAGCUACAACUAAGUUAGUGCCCCUUCGCGACCCUAUGCAUGGUGGCCUAAUAAAAAGCAGAAGACGUCCGGUGCCACGGGAUACUUGGAGUACUCCGCGCUCCGAAUUGCGUUGGGGCACUUUCUGGUAUUGGCGAAAAACCGGGGCCAGCAAUUGGCCGUUCACGUCAGUAGAUAGGCUCUCUCUGGUGGAUGAAGAUCCGAAAGAUUGGCUUCCCCCUCCCAAGAUCAAGGUGCACAUAUACGAUAGCCAAUUCGACAUAGACAACUGGUGGUUUGUUAAGACAGUCCACCCAAACGGCGGCUUGACGAUGAUGGCUUAUUACGACGGCAACAAUACCAUUUCUUCUGUCCGA